AUGGAAGCCAAAGGUUUUUACCACGAACGCGCUUCCAGAGUCGCCAAGACUCUCUUCCCACGGAACGAAAACUCACCUCAAGCCGAGGUGAAACAACGGACUCCAGGCAAACGUUCGCCAGCAUCAUCUUUGCGGCAAUGCAAAACAGCAAAGCGUCUCGUCACAAAAAAAGCGGCAGCGGUUUCCAUGUCGCUGGUGCGUGACAAUAAGGACCGCUGGAUGGCAGACAUUGAACAGCGUCUAGCCGUGAGGACAGCGGAGCUUACUGCGGAACGAGCUCGAAAGACCAUAGUCGAAUCCACCAACAAAGCUUCGGCCAAGUUGGCAGAUAUGGAUGCCUGCUCUUCAGACACAUUAUCUCGGAGGAGAACUACCAGACAUGGACCAAAACUACAAAUUGGGAUGGAUCCAGAGGCAAAUUACAACUGCCUCAAAAUGUGA